UGGGACCCCUCUCUUGAUUCUUAUCCUUAAUCUGACCGUAGUGAUAGUCGUAUCAGAUCAAGUACUUAAUCCCCCGCCGCCACCCUCAUCUUAUCCUUUCCCCCCAGAGUGCUGUGAAGACCUGACUUCUAUUGAUCCUUCCUAUCCUGUUGGCUUUCCUCCGUCAUCCAGCCACCCAGUCUUCACUCUCCAACCUCCCACUCAUAAGAUGAUCAAGUCUCACCGUCCGCUCAAGGCGCUGUCGGGCAUCCCCUCUGCCCGUCAUGUCAGCCGCACCAGCAACGCAAAGUCCUCCUUGACUGCGACCGCAACCACUCCCACCACCCAUGUCUUCCACCAGAGUUCGCCCUCCACGCAAAAGCACUCCACCUCCCCGCUGGCCAAGAUGCCCUUGUCCACCGUCUUGCGAUCGUUGUUGAUCCUGUCGGUCUCCUCAUCCACCCUCCUGUUGAAGCCGUGCAUCUACACCCUGUCGAUGUUGGCGAACCCCAAGACGCCCCUGCUCGACGUGGCCAAGAACCCCCUGUUGAACAUGCUGGUCAAGCACACCAUUUACAAGCAGUUCAACGCGGGCGAAAACAAACGCGAGGUCCAGCGCUCCAUCCAGGAGAUCAAGCAGUUGGGGUACCGCGGAGUCCUGCUGGGAUACGCCAAGGAGGUGUUGGUCGGAGAGAGCAACGCUGAUCCCGCCGAUCCCAAGGCGGCCCGCGAGGAGAUCCAGACGUGGUUGGAUGGGACCUUGCAGACCGUCGAUAUGGCACACGAGGGGGACUUUAUCGCUCUGAAAUUCACCGGCAUGGGAACCCAAGCCCUGCAAUACCUCCAAAACAAGAGCGCCCCCUCCCCGUUCAUGGAUCAGUCCAUCCGGCAGGUGUGCGACCUGGCCAUCUCGCGUAACGUGCGCCUGUUGGUCGAUGCCGAGGAGCAGGCCGUCCAGCGCGGCAUCGAGGAGUGGGCCACCACCUACCAGAAAUACUGCAACUCGCGCACUCCCGGCCGCGCAGUCUUCUACAACACCUACCAGGGCUACCUGCGCUCUACCCCGGCCACCCUAGCCAAGCACCUCGAGAUCGCCCGCCAAGAGGGCUACACCCUCGGCGUGAAGCUAGUGCGCGGCGCCUACCUCAAGACCGAGCCCCGCCAUCUGAUCUGGGCCGAGAAGGAGGACACCGACGCCUGCUACGACGGCGUCGUCGAGGCUCUGCUCACCCGUCGCUACAACGACAUGCUCCAGUCCGCCUCGGCCCAGCACCCGACCGAUCUCCCCCCGGUCCACGUCAUCGUCGCCACUCACAACCGGGACUCGGUCCGCAAGGCCCACGCCCUGCGCCUCGAGCAGGCCCGCCGGGGGGAGACGCCCAAUGUGGAUCUCUCCUACGCCCAGCUGCAGGGCAUGGCCGACGAAGUCAGCUGUGAGCUCCUGCAGGGCUUCGAGGAUGCCGAGCAUGCCCACACCCACCCCGCCACCAUGGAAACCCCCAAUGUCUUCAAGCUGCUGACCUGGGGGUCCGUCAAGGAGUGCAUGGGCUUCCUGCUCCGACGGGCAGUCGAGAAUACCGAAGCCGUCGGUCGCACCAAGCAGUCGCAGGAGGCGAUGUUUGCGGAGUUGAAGCGUCGCGCCCGUCAGGCUUUUGCCGCGGAGAAAUAAUCGUCUUUCUUUUUGACUCCUUUCCCUUUUUAUACCUUCUUUUUUUUUUCAUUCUUAUGUGUCUAUUUUUUGUCCCCGUUUUGUGCAUGUUUGUCCAUGUUUUUGGCGUGACUGUCCGGUUUCCUUCCUGGGUGAUAACCCAGAUGCAUAUAGAUGGCGUUAGCAGAGCAUGCUUCCAUAGUGCUAAUAAGCUCACGAUAAUGAAUACCAUGAUAUCUCAUUCUCC